UGCUUGCCAACGUUUCUAAUGUCUAAAGUUCUUUUAGUCAUCAAGAGCUUGAAACUUAUAUAUAAUGACUUGUUCAGGAUCGAAGUUUUCUUCACACAUCACAUUCCUUUAAGUCAUGGAGCAGCUUGUGGCAAGCUGGUACAAUGGUCGAUCCUUGCCUGAAACAUAUGUACUCCCACUGGAAAUAAGGCCAGGGAAGCUCAAUGUACCUGUGAGCACCAAUAUUAUUCCAGUGGUUGAUCUUGGGGGUCAUGAUGAAACAGCUAUAAUUCAACAAAUUUUGGAAGCUAGCCAAGAGUUUGGAUUCUUUCAGGUGAUCAACCAUGGAGUCCCUAGCAACUUAUUGGAUGAGGCAAUGAAUGUUUGUAAGGAGUUCCAUGCAAUGUCUGCCAAGGACAAGGCAGUCCAAUGCUCAAACGACCUCAAUAAGAACUGCUUCCUCUACACAAGCAGUCAACGCUAUGCAACUGAGAAGUAUCACUUCUGGAGGGAUUCAUUGACACACUUUUGUCAUCCUCUAGAGAAACAAAUCCAAUUUUGGCCUGAAAAACCAACGAGAUAUCGAAAUGUUGUUAGCAAAUAUACAACUGAAGUAAGUAAGUUGGGCUCUACAAUUUUGGGGUUGAUUUCAAAAGGGUUGGGAGUCAGCCCAGAGCAUUUCAGCAAUGGACUUACUGAAAAUCCAAAAAUGAUUGUCAAUCACUAUCCGCCAUGCCCAGACCCAACUUUAACCUUGGGAGUGCCCAAACAUAGAGACCCUGUCCUCAUUAAUAUUCUUCUUCAAGAAGAUGAUUUAUGCGGGCUUCAAGUCUUCAAGGAUGAGGAAUGGAUUGAUGUUGAACCUAUUCCUCAUGCUUUUGUGGUCAACAUAGGCUAUGUAUUGCAGAUUAUCAGCAAUGGAAAGUUGAAAGGUGCCGAACAUCGAGUUGUCACAAAUUCAAAUUCAGCUCGGACAACUGCUUCAUUCUUUGUUAGUCCAUCAGACGAAACACUAAUAGAACCAGCAAAAGUUUUGGUUAAUACAAGCAGCCCAGCACUCUAUAGGUCCUUGCCAUACAAAGACUUCCAUAGCAAGUUCUUGGUCACCUCUGACUGGAAAGAAUUAGAGAAGUUUGUACGUACUACUUCUGCUUAGUGGUGCGAUA